GCCGCCGCGAAUUGUGCGCAUCCCACUACCAAUCGCAAAACACACAGUCGCACAUGAUGGCGCCCGCCCUGGUUGCUGCCGUUGACCUGCCCGCCCUCGCCCUCGCCCACAACCACCAAGCCCUCUCGUUUGUCGGCAAUGUCUUCGUUCGAGCCACCCGUGACAACGUCGAUGACGCCCUCGCCCACCUCAAGCAGUCGGUCGGCCGCGUCGCCAACUACCUCCAUGUCGCCUCCCUCGCCUCCAUUGACGACGUCGUCUCGCUCCUUGAUGCUGGCGCCGCAAAGGUCUUCGUCACCCGCCAACAACUCGACCAGCUUGCCACUCUGAACAUCGACCCGGACAGGACAGUGCUAUGUCUGCCAGGCAAUGCGCCAGCCGACAUGGCCGAGGGCGCCUCCACCGUGCACACCAGUGUCUACCUGCACCACGUCGACGACAUUGACCAGGUCCAUGCAGCACUCAAAGACACCAAGACCACUGCCUUCGUCUCCUUCGCGAACCCGGACAUGGAGAGCGCGCUGAGGCUCGCCAAACUGCCUGCAAUCCCCAUCAUUCCUGCCGAUAAACUCACCGUCGACCCGGCGAAACAGUCCGGCGCACUGAGCGUCGCCAAGCUGCUCAUGGCCAACGCAACCAGCGACCGCCCCGACGGCCUCUUCACGACACUCGUAACCGACGAGCGCCACGUUGCCCUCGGGCUUGUAUACAGCAGCGAGGAGAGCGUGACAGAGAGUCUGAGGACAGGGCGGGGCGUAUACCAAAGUCGAAAGCGGGGUUUGUGGUACAAGGGCGAGAGCAGUGGCGAUGUCCAAGAGCUUGUUUCAUUAUCGCUAGAUUGCGACAGCGACUGCUUGCAGUUUGUCGUCCGGCAAAAGGGUCGCGGAUUCUGCCACCUUGCGACUCCCACGUGCUUUGGCGACUACAGCGGCCUGUCCAAGUUACAGAAGACACUCCAAAGUCGCAAGGAAACAGCCCCAGAAGGCUCCUACACCGCCCGCCUAUUCAAUGACCCACAGCUACUGAGAGCAAAGAUUCUCGAGGAAGCUACCGAGCUCUGCGAUGCCAAGACCAAGGAAGAAAUCGCCUUCGAGGCUGCCGAUCUCUUCUAUUUCGUCAUGACCAGGUGCAUCGCUGCUGGAGUGUCGUUAGAAGACGUCGAGCGUAACCUGGAUGCCAAAAGUAUCAAGGUCAAGAGGCGGCAGGGUGAUGCAAAGCCAGCGUUUGCCGCGCAAGCAGCAGCGACUAAUGGUACUACCAAUGCUUCUUCGAGCACCAAGGAAAUGGUCAAGGAGGCUGCCUCGAUACCCAAGAGCCACGACGACCCAGCCGGUACAAAGGACGGUCGCAUCGCCAUGCGACGCUACGUUACCGCAAACGAAACUCCAGAGACCAUUGCCGCUGCGCUACAGCGACCAUCUCAGAGAUCAACUGAUAAGAUCCUGGCCAUUUGCAAGCCCAUUAUCGAAGCUGUUCGGACGCGUGGCGAUGCUGCAUUGCUAGAGUACACGCACAAGUUUGAAAAGGCAACAUCAUUGACUUCGCCAGUUCUCAAGGCGCCCUUCCCUCCAGAGCUCAUGCAGCUAGCCCCCGAGACUGCAAAAGCCAUUGAUGUGUCUUUUGAAAACAUCAGAAAGUUCCAUGCUGCACAAAAAGAGGAUAAGCCUCUCAGGGUGGAGACGAUGCCUGGAAUCGUAUGCUCGCGGUUUGCGCGCCCCAUUGAGAGAGUAGGGUUGUACGUGCCAGGCGGUACGGCCGUGCUUCCCUCUACGGCACUCAUGCUGGGUGUACCCGCCAUGGUAGCUGGCUGCAAGAAGAUUGUGCUCGCCACACCGCCCAGGUCCAACGGAAAAGUGACUCCUGAAGUCGUAUACGUUGCUCACAAGGUGGGCGCAGAGUCCAUUGUUCUCGCUGGCGGGGCGCAAGCCGUCGCGGCCAUGGCUUACGGCACAGAGAGCGUAACCAAGGUAGACAAGAUUCUAGGCCCUGGCAACCAGUUUGUCACGGCCGCAAAGAUGCACGUUUCAAACGACACAAACGCUGGCGUCAGCAUCGACAUGCCUGCGGGGCCAAGCGAGGUCCUCGUCGUUGCCGAUGCAUCUGCCAACCCUGCUUUUGUUGCCUCUGACCUUCUCAGCCAGGCCGAGCACGGCGUCGACUCGCAAGUCAUUCUGAUCGCCGUCGGUCUCAACGAAGCCCAGCUCAUCGCCAUUGAAGACGAGUUGCACAAGCAGGCCAUGGCUCUACCACGUGUAGACAUUGUCCGUGGUGCCAUUGAGCACUCGUUCACGCUCGCAGUAGCUACCAUGGAAGAAGCCAUGCAGCUAAGCAACCAAUACGCACCUGAGCACCUCAUCCUGCAAGUUGACAAUGCCGAACAAGUGGCCGAAAUGGUUGAAAAUGCCGGAAGUGUAUUCAUCGGCCAGUGGACUCCAGAAAGUGUCGGUGACUACUCUGCUGGCGUUAAUCACUCUCUGCCAACAUAUGGUUAUGCCAAACAGUACUCGGGUGUCAAUCUUGCUUCGUACGUCAAGCACAUUACAAGCUCCCAUCUUACCAGGGAGGGUCUCGAGAAUGUCGGUCCUUCGGUCAUGGAGCUUGCCCGUGUCGAAGAGUUGGAGGCUCAUCGACGAGCCGUUAGUCUGCGGCUGGGUCUUGCGUAAGGCAGGCGUGCAAAAGUCAAUUUUACCUAGAUGCAUUAGAUCAUGUCCUUCAUUGAAUCGUUUCUUCUCACCUACUGCCACACUCUUGUCUCUUGACGCGUCC